AUGGACGUGAUGCUUAUACUGAUAAGAAUUGCGCUCGUGGGCUUCAUCUGCCUGUUUCUAGCAUCCGCUGGGUUGGCCUGUGGUCCAGGCAAGGGAUAUGGAAAACAAAGACAUCCGAAAAAACUGAAGCCUUUGGCUUACAAGCAGUUCAUUCCCAACGUGGCGGAGAAGACCCUUGGGGCCAGUGGCAAAUACGAAGGGAAGAUCACAAGGAACUCUGAAAGAUUUAAAGACCUGACACCAAACUACAAUCCUGACAUUAUUUUCAAAGAUGAGGAAAACACUAAUGCUGACAGACUUAUGACACAGAGAUGUAAGGACAAACUGAACUCUUUGGCUAUUUCAGUCAUGAAUCAGUGGCCGGGAGUGAAGCUGCGCGUGACAGAAGGCUGGGACGAGGAUGGACACCAUUUCGAAGAAUCUUUACACUAUGAAGGAAGGGCUGUAGAUAUUACCACCUCUGACAGAGAUAAGAGCAAAUAUGGAAUGUUAUCCCGGCUCGCGGUGGAGGCAGGAUUCGACUGGGUCAAUUAUGAAUCCAAAGCCCAUAUUCAUUGCUCUGUGAAAGCAGAAAAUUCAGUUGCUGCAAAGUCGGGUGGCUGCUUCCCUGGAUCCGCCUCAGUUCUCCUCGAGGAUGGUCGAAGCAAGCUGGUAAAAGAACUGGAGGUGGGCGACAAGGUGUUAGCAGCAGACAUAGAAGGAAAUAUUGUGUCCAGCGAUUUCCUCAUGUUCUUGGACCAAGAUCCAGUGUCAAGACGAGAAUUUUAUGUUUUUGAAACAGAGAAGCCCAACCGAAAGUUAAGACUGACCCCGGCUCACCUGGUCUUCAUCACCAGUAACGUUACGGAUGACGAUAUGACUGCAGUGUUUGCCAGUAAUGUAAAACCUGGGCAACAGGUGUUUGUUGUGGACGAGGCCGUAGACCACCUGAAGGCAGUCACUGUGGAAAGGAUUUACGUGGAAGAAUACGAGGGAUCUUAUGCCCCAGUAACCUCACAAGGAACCAUCAUAGUUGACCAUGUUUUGGCGAGCUGUUACGCGGUAAUCGAGGACCACAAAUGGGCGCACUGGGCCUUUGCGCCAGUCCGGUUGGGGCACGCGUUGAUGUCCUUCACAGAUCUAGUCAAAAAGCGCGAGGACAUACGUCAGAGAGAUGGAAUGCACUGGUACUCAGACAUUCUAUACCACAUAGGGACAUUGCUGCUGGACAGAAACUCCUUCCAUCCUCUUGGAAUGUCCCAAAGCUGA